AUGGACCCCCAAAUCCCUCCCCCCCCACCCCGAAUAUCAAACCUCGCGGCCUUCUCAGAGUAUUUCGCUGAGAUAGUCACAGAUGGUGAACACGAGCUAUCCCAACGCGUUUGUGAAGGGUCCAGCGCCCUCAACGUCCCCACCUCUGUCUCUCACGACGUUGUGAAAUCUGUUGCCACCGUCACACAAUGGCCCCCCGGACCCUCGAUUGGCGAUGCCUGGUUUAGCAGCGAGAUCAGGCGAGACCAAGGUUUCCGAAUCGUCCAGCCUGCCAAUCUAUACCGCGACCAUGCGUUUGCUCGCGUCGGCAUGAGCGGGGUGCCGCAAGGCAACAGUCACCGCCGCCUUACACCUCCCAUUCCACGCGAUGAUAGCCCUCCUCGCUACGUUACCGUGGUCCAACAAGGCUACAGCCACAUCGACCUUCCUCUUGUCCAAGCUCGUCAGAAGUAUAUCCAGGAAUCGAGGUCUUCCACGGUCAGAUCUACCAUCUUACCGGCCGUCGUCGAGUCCCUCUCCCGCGUCGCUGCAAGCCUUCGGCAGUCCGCUGACCAAUUUAAGGUUAUAAUGAACCUCGGCGCGCCCGAAGAAGUCCCAGUCCCAGUCAAUCCCCCCCUCGACAUCCCGGCCAUCGAGCGAGUUAUUCAGGACCUUGAGCAAGUUACUUCUGGCAGCAUUGAACCGGAGAAGGACGCCAAACGGAACCUUGUCGCAUCUCGAUACCAGUCUGAUACCCGCAACCAUCCAGCCAUCGACGAUCUUCUCACUCUGAUUCUUGCCUACAAAGAGAAGAAUGAAGAGCUGGCAAGGAUUCACCACAACUUCCAAUUGGCGGUCAAAGCGGAGGCUGAGAAGAUGAUUGCUGAUUCAGUCAAGCGCCUGGAGGCCCAGAGAUCGAAGGCUCUGUUCGAUUUCGACCACUCAUCCUCCGGUCAUCGAAGGCUCUCGGACACCAUUGCGACGAGCCUUCUUUCAGAAGUGCUCGAAAGAAACCCUCGUGCCAAUAGUAUUUAG